AUGCGGAAGGAGGGGCGGGAGAGACGGGCGGGCGGGGCUUCGGCUAGGGCAAGGGGUGGGGAGAUGCCUGAGCCGGCUUCUGCAUCCUCUGAGCCGGAUUUGGCGUCCACCGGUCUCCAGCGAGAGGUGGUGAGGGCGCUGCAGACGCUGCUGUCGAACUGGGGCGACAACACCUCCAUCUUCCACAAUGCCAAGCCGUCCUCGACAGGGGCAGGGGUCAUCUACGACUUCAGGAAUGCGCCUGGGGAGCGCAAGGCGUGCCCCUACUUUGCAGCAACGUGCGGGGGCGUGCACGACAGCAACAGCUUUGCGCUUUGGCGGCGGGGCGCUGAAAUCACGUACCUGUGCUAUGGGGAGAGCUGCAAGACGGCCUCUCGGACGAGCGCCAUCCGUCUGGGCAUGCUUCCCCUUCCAAUCGCAGCAGCUUUUGGGGACAGCCAGCCGCUGAACAGCGAGAGGAACCAUCUGUACUCGGACCGGACGUUGUUCCCGCUGUCAUUCCUUCGAGACAACCUAAGCAUCAUGAAAGGAGAUGUGGGGUGCGCCAUCAUUCUCGAGCGGCUCUACUUCCGAACCGGACUGAAGUUUGCAUUCGCUCCUUCGGGCUCCUACUAUUGGAACGGCCGCUGCUGGGCAAAGGAUGAGAGUGGGGGCCGAAUCAUGCGCGUGCUCCGAGAGGAGCUAGCCAAAAUUCAGACUGCGUAUG